AUGAACAACGCAUUUCAACCAAUAACUUCAGGAAUACAUUAUUGCGGACAAAAGUCACAUGAUUCUAUUAAUCAAUGUGUUAUAUGUGGAUCAAAAUCGAUUGGAAUCAACUUUGGAGUAUUAACAUGUGCUCCUUGUAAAGGUAUUGCAUCAUAUUUUCAUGUAUUUUCUAUACCAUAUUUGCUUUUUUAUUGUUUGAAAAUAAAAGCUUUUUUUCGACGAAAUGCACGGCGAAAAGAGCUUCUUGAAUUACCAUGUCGACAUCGUGAUAUGAGUGCAUCAGUGAUGAAUAAUUAUGAGAUGAAUGAAAGAACAAUGCGUUAUUUACAAAUUCGUCGAUGUUCAUCAUGUCGAUUGCGUCGUUGUUUUGACAUGGGAAUGAAAGAACAAUUAGUUCGAACAGAUGAAGAAAAUGAACGAUAUAAACAGCUUCUUGACAUAAAUCGUCGACAACGAGAAUUAUUAACACAACAAAUACGAGAAAUAAAAGAAUUAUCAAUUCCUCAGCAUAUGGUGAAUAAUAUGGAUCUAUCAGUAGAGAUAGACUGGCGUCAUUUAUCAAAUAUUGUUUAUGCUUAUGAGUCAUGUUGUAUCAAAACUUAUGUUCAACAACGUUCUUCAGUUAUUUUUAAUAGAACACCACAAUCACCAAAUGAACAGCCAUACAAUAUUUAUCCAACAACUAUAACAAUGAGUAUUGUUCUUGCAGUUUCUUCAUUUCUUAAAACAUUACCAGCCUAUUAUUCCCUCCCUCGUUCCACUCGAAAUUAUCUAUAUAAAACUAAUAUUCGACCAUUAAUCUUUCCUAAUCUUCAUGAACUUAAUCAAUCAUGUUAUGCUGAACCAUGGCAGGUGAAUGCUUAUAAUAAAACAUGGCAGUUAAUUUGUGGCAUACAAUUAUACGAAGAAUUUAAUAGAGCAGAAAAAAUGGCUGAGAAAUCAUGGACAACUGAUCCAAUAGUGACACGUUUGUUUGUUAUUAUAUUAUUCUUUUCUACUCCUCUUCAUUAUCAUGAUAAUUCUCCAACACCAACAAAAAUACUAAAGAAAAAACAAGCUGUUUUUCAAACUCAAAAUGGAUAUAUAACACUUCUAUGGAAAUAUUUAGCAUAUCGUUAUGGAUCAGUAGGAUCAAUUCGAAUUUAUCUAAAUUUAGUUCAUGUAUAUAUGGAAAUGCAACAAGUUGGAUAUGGCGUUUAUACUCAAUUGCGAACACAAAAAGAUCUAGUUCCAACACAUGAAACUCUAAGCAAAUUAGUUACACUUGAUAUUAAUGAUACGCAAUAG